CGCUACGGCCCCCUGCUCUGCUCCCGCUACGGCCCCCGCCCCCACUCCUCUCCCCGCCCCUGCCCUCGCCGCUGCUCCCGCUCCCGCUGCUCUCGCCGCUCCCGCCGGUGUCGGUGUCAGUGUGAACAGCAGCAGCAGCAGAAGCAGCAGCGUAACCAGGAUCAACAAUGUGGCCAGCAACAACACCUCCGUGGCGUCUACUAGCAUGCUGAGUGUGGAGGCAAUGUCGGAGGCGUUCCGCCACAUCCGUACGAAACUUCUUGUCAUCCAGCAGCUUUCCAACGCGUGCAGCGCCGCCGUUGGCUUGAUGGGCGACGACGAGUGCGAGAGCAACAACCUAGAGGGUUUGUCGGUGCGGCUCCUUCAGAGAGCGCAGGAAGUGCACGAUGCGCUGCAGCUGACGCAAGACAUACCUCCCCCCAGUGAGGACGGGACGGCUGAAGAGAGCACAACGGCGGCCCCCGCGACUACCUCAAUAUACACAUGUGUAGCGGCGUUGGUUAAAGCCUAUAAGUCCCUGCAAAAUGAGAAUGCAACGCUGCUGCAGCAGGAAGAGGCGUCGGAAAAGCAGAAGUCUUUUCUUCUUCGGGACAUUGAGCAGACACGGGAGGAAUUGAUGAAGGAAGAGAAGUUACUGAAGAGUCGCCGCGAGAAGCUGACGGAGGAGUGCGAACAACUUCGCCGGGCGCUGGAGAAUGCGACCGACACGCUGCAGGAGCGCGACGCCGCCCUAAAAGAUGUCCAGCAGCAGAAUGCCGCGCUGCAGGACGCGGUCUGCCAGCACUCUGCGGAGUGCGAGCAGCUGCGGCUGCAGUUGGCGACGCUGCAUGCCACGCGCGAAGAUAUGCAGCAGUCGCUGACAGUCCUGAGAGACGCGUCGGUGAUGGUGCGCAGGGCAUCGGCCGCCGUCCACGCGAGACUGCGCAGCGUUGCAGGUAUGCCGCCGGACGAUCCGACGGAUGCAACGCGCAUAGGAGAGCAGCAGCAGCAGCAGCAAGAGGGCGGGGCCGAGAAGCCGACUGGAAUGGCCGCUGAUGAUGUGCGCGCCAGCGCAUCGCAAUUGUUGGCCGCGAGUGGACGCGACUUGCGCCUCUGCGGGGGCGUGCUGCAGCACCUCGAAGAGAACGUGCGGGGUGCCGCGCGUCUGCUCGAGGCACUCCAGCAGACGCAGCUGUGGGCGAAGGGGGAAACCGCCGAAAGUGAGGCGUGCAUCCGCGCGGUGCUGCGCGACGCGUGCCGCGACGAAGCCGCGCUGCUUGGCGCGCUGCAGUCGCUGUCCCGCCGCC